AUGGAUCUUCUGGACGCAGGACAUAUGGAACAACACCCCUUUGACGUGAGCCUUUCCACAGAAACUACUAGCCAGCGGGAGGAACAGCUUGCAACGGAGCAGAAAGCGCUGGAACAUAGCCGCGCUAGGGCAGUGAUCUCACAAUCUGUUAGCGCGAAGCCAUGCUCGAUGGAAGAAAAGAGCCUGAUGAACGCCAUGGGUGCUUUUCUUUCGCUAAAGUCGCGCCCACAAACGCCGAAAGGUUUGGUUUACGGCCAGUCAUCCAUUGCCUCUUUACAGCAACAGGUCUUGUGGGAUUCGCCAAGGUUGGCAAAUCCAAGAACCCUUGCAGGGAGACCAUCCCGGCAAGGUGUAUACGAGAAGACAACUGCAGCUCGUAGCGGCACAUCUCUAAACGACCUCCGCCGUUUUUCUCUUCCAGCACGAGCCCUAGCAGAUCAUCUUUUAGACAGUUGCUAUGGGAUGGUCCAUCUCUUCUACCCUUGGUUCCAUUACCCCACGUUCGACGCCGCUUACAAGGACUUAUGGCUUGGUACAUCUGCAGAUAAUAGUAAUGCUGAACUGCCACGUGUUGGUCUUGGUGGUCGAGACUGUCCGGAAGAGCUUUUUCAUUGUGCUCUGAACACGAUCUUUGCUCUUGGAUGCGAGUUUUCACCCAGCGUCCCUCUGGGAGAUGCACAACCUGUUUAUGAGUUCAUGGGAAAAGUCUAUGAGCUGCUUCAAAUCAAGCUACUGGAUAAUGGUCUUGCUGCAAUCCAAACUUUACUUCUUGUGACUAUCUACCUCCAGAGUACUCAGUACCUCAUGCGAUGCUGGGGUAUCGCUGGGUUGGCUCUCAGGAUGGCACAAGGUAUGGGCCUGGAUCUUGAUGCCAACAACUCGGGAUAUACUGUACUGGAGGUCGAAAUGCGGCGCCGAGCGUGGCACGGAUGUGUGCUGAUGGACAGGUAG